AUGGUUUUUCCGACGGCGGCACAGCACAAGACGCACAACACAAUUCCCAUCCCAUCCCACCUCCGCCCCCGAGAUCCCUUCCUCUCUUCUGUUUUGUGCAGGGACUUAUGCACCACAAUCACCUGUGUAGCCAUUGGUAGACGGCAGCCCAUUGGCAGCACCUGGCCCCAGCCCCGCAAAGCUGCUCUUUUCCCUGGGUGCGUUGCUCGGAGGGCAGUGGCAGACGCAGUGGCAGCUCCUGCACGCCAGAGCCAAAGAGGCUGCCGCACCACACUUUACAAGCCCGAAAGAAGUGCGCCCGGACUGCGAGUCGCGCCCAUCCAUUUCUUGCUACCUGCUCUCUUUCUCUCUCUCGCUCGCACGAUUGCCCUCCCACUACAACCACAACAACCCACCCGACCUGCUCUCUGCCCACUCUCGUUACCUUACCUUACCAAUCUUCCCCCUCGCCCCGACAUUCCAAUUCUACUCUCUGCCUUCUGGCUUCAACUCUUGCGACUGCGACAUCCUUUACUGCGUCACUCACACGCCGCCGCCGACUCUUCCUCCCCUCCUCCUCGCUCUUCCGAACUCUUCCUCCACCCUCCUCCUCCUCUCUCUCCGCCGUCCCCUUACGCUGCCUCAAUGGCACCACCCUCCCCUCGACGUUCUUCACGAGCCCGAGGCAACACAGUCUCUCAAUCACAGCAAUCCUCGACAACUUCGAGUCUUUCGAGUCGCGGCGAACGAACGACCAGAUCCCUCAACAAGACCUCUUCCGCCAAGUCCACCCCGAGCGCCUCGCUCUCUUCGGAGCCACCCGAAGACCUGGAGGACGCCCUCCCCUCACGGCGCCGAACCCGCGCGCAAGAAGACGCUCGCGACAAGCCUCGUGUCGAUCCCUACGAUAUGGCCACCGGCAGUGACGACGUCCAAGAGGACGACGAGUCCGUACGCUGCGUAUGUGGUUUCGACGAAUACCCGGGACCUCCGCCCUUUGAAGAGGACUCCAAGCACGGGAAACACAACCCAGAGGCCGACUUCUUCGCUAGCAUCGAGUUGUCAGAUGAGGUCUCUGGUCUCUUCGUCCAGUGCGACGUCUGCAAAGUCUGGCAGCAUGGUGCUUGUGUCGGCAUUUUCACCGAGGAGAGCUCUCCCGAUGAGUACUUUUGCGAAAAGUGUCGCAAGGAUUUGCACAAGAUCCACGCAGCAGCCAACGGACAACGGUACUCAAACUACUUGCCUCUCAAUCGUCCGUCGCGCGCAACAUCCCGAGCCGCCUCAUUAGUUAAGGAUGGCACCAGAUCGCCCAGAGAAUCAGGCAGGAACGGGGGCCGCGCUUCUUCUGCUACCCAGGCCUCGAAGCGGAGGUCAACAAUGAACAGCCGGGAUGCCGCAUACGAUGAGGAUGAACAAUUGCGGCGGGCCAUCGAGGCCAGCAAAGAAGAAACCAUUUCGGAGCCCACGGAGACUACGUCAAGACGAACGAAGCGAGGUCGCAGUGACAGUAUUGAUCCCAGGAACUCGGCAAGCCUCAAGAGACAGCGAACCAGUUCGCCAUCAAUGUCACCGCCCCCAGAGAAGACCGAAGCCAUCGAGGAUGAAACAGACGAAGAAAGUACGGGUAGAAAUGGCCAAUCAAAGAAGCCUCGCGGCACACGCACGCAACGUGAAAAGUCGGAUCGAGAAGAGCGCGAUCGCCAGCGAGCGGAAGCAGCCAAUCGACGGAAGGGUCGUGCAGAUCGUAGGAGAGCUGAGGGUACGACUCCUGUUAAUCCGGGUAAGGAAUCUGAAGCUCACGUGGGCGCAGAAUCGGAUCCGCCAGAAGAGGUCCCCCUCGCGACAGCUCGGCCUGCUGUCAAACCGACCACCGAGCCUGUGGUGCCUGUCGAGGCGCCACCGUCCUCUGCCCCGACUCCGGAUACUCCGCCUGCGAAUCAGGCAACGGUCGGAAGCUCACACAAGAAGACCAGUCGUAACAACCAGAAGAGGGGCAAGGGUCGAAAUCAAUACACAAAAGACCGCGACGAUAACGAAGACACACCAGCAAGGUCAAUGUCUAGAGACAUUGGCCGGAAUCAUGACGACCAUACUGGCGCUAGUACCAGCAAACACUCCCAUUCCGACCACCCCAAGCACACCCGGACAAAAGCAAAUAGUGCGCAUAGCAAAGUAUCGAUGAACGACAUGAAACGCAGAGUUUCGGCGUUCCUCGACUUCAUUUCCAAAACCCAAGUGGAAUUGGCUGGCGAAGCACUACCGGGAUCCAGGAGUAGCCAGAAUAGCUCCCAACAACAAAGUCCUCGCGCAACGGCUGCGCCAGAUGCGCCAAAGAUUAGCGUCAACGGCGACUCCGCAGUAGCAAAGAAUUCACCAAUCGGCACUGCAGCAACAGACGGGAAUGGGCCGGAGUCGAAAGAUUUUAAAGCAUUGAAUUGCGUGGAAAUGAUGGAUGCCCUCACGCGAGACCUGCUGCGAUGGCAGAAUCAAUAUGCGUCAUGA